AUGGAAACCAAAAAAUGUUGGGUCACUCUUUUGACUAUGAAAUCUUACUUCCCAGGUGUUGUUUGUCUCGCCAAAUCGUUCAUGCGUGUAAAAACUAAAUAUCCACUUCUUGUUUUAGUACCAGACCUCGAGAAAGAAGAAACAAAUCUUAAUCGCAAUGAUUAUGAUGAGCUAAUUCAACUAGGUUCUAACUAUGAUUUUCGUUUCAUUGAAAUAAAAGAGAUUACUCGUAUCAAUUUGAAGACGAGUCGAUAUAUGUGGGAUUAUUUUAAAGAAGCGCCGACUAAAAUUCGUGCCUGGGAAGUUGAAGGUUAUGAUAUUGUAGGUCUUUUAGAUGCUGAUAUGUGUGUUAUACGUAACAUGGACGAACUUUUAGAAUUAGAUCUAGAUGAUAAUAAAAUCGCAGCAUGUCAUCAAUGUGUUUGUAAUUCGCAUAAACAUCCUUUAUUCCCUAAAGACUG